AUGUACCUGCAAGAUACCUACCUCAUGACCUCUGAGGCGACGGUCUUGGGCGUGGUCGAAGAUGACUCCCAAGGUUCUGCGAUCAUUUUGGACCGCACGAUCUUCCACCCUCAGGGCGGGGGGCAGCCAAGCGAUGAAGGAACUAUCACGUGCGGAGACUGCACCGUGCCUGUGAGCAAGGUUAGAGACGUGGGUGGCGUGAUUUACCACUACGGGACGAUGUCGGGAACACCACAACCUCGGCUGGAGGCGGGCCGGCCAGCAUCCCUGGCGCUGGACAGCGCCAAGCGGCUGAGGCACGCGGCUCUGCACUCGGCGGGGCACGCGGUCGACAAGGCCGUCGUGGGCGCGGUGGGCGCGGGCGUGUUCUCGCCGCUCAAGGGCUACCACUUCGACGACUCGCCCUACGUAGAGUACCGAGGAACCUUGCCGGCAGGCCUGGAGAAGGAUGCCUUCAUCGAGAAGUGUAACAGCGAGCUCGACAAGCUGGUAAUGGCGAAUAUGGAGACUAUGGUCAAGAUGGCGGAUCAGGAACACGGCGAUGAGGCUCCAUCGUCGUCGUCGUCAUCAGCACAAGAAGGUCCCUCGAGAGGGGCGGCAGGCAGAGGCAGGGAGGAGGUAACAGUAGUAGCAGAGCGAGGAGGAAGAGGGGGGAGGGGGAAGGUGCCGGCGUCAUCAACCGCGGCGGCAGCGACGAAGUAUGGCGCGGCGACGCGCACCGUGACGGUGGCCGGCCUCUCCUGCCCCUGCGGCGGAACCCACGUGCGGAGUACCAGAGAGAUGGAGGGCGUGCGUAUCACCAAGGUCAAGGCGAAGAAGGGCACUCUUCGUGUCAGCUACACUCUCGCGCCUUCCUCCUCCUCCUCCCGGCCAUCAUAGUCACAAAUAGAUAUAUGCCACGUCAAAAUAUUGUUCUUGAGGCCGAAAGUUGAUUGAUGAAUGGUCGUGCACCAACCUGUGUGUGCGUGUAAUUGUUUUUGUGUGUCUUUACACGCAGUAGUUGAUGUGUCACAGGUGGUGUGAGGUUUUUCGUGCAGUUACCGGGUACAGCAGUAUGCUGUCCGCGUUGUUGGCGUACCGUGAUCAGUGGCCGUACACGCGUGCGUGCAGUCUGCGCCAUGCUUUGGUCCAUGUCCUCACUGCUGCGGAACUUGUGCCGUGUUACAAGUUGUUGGUGCUGGGGUGUGCCCUUUUCGUUAUCACACCCAAUCAAGGGAGGAUAAGGACAUGUCUGUAUGUGGAAUCCACGAAAUCUCCGUCGU